GUCACCCAGGUGCUCGUCCCGCCCUCCGGCUCCCUGCUGGGCCUGGCGAGGCCGGGGAGGUGGGUGGAGCCGAGGCCACGUCCUCCAAUGAGGACGAGGCAGAGGCGGGCCCACUGGAGAAGGAGCAUGGCGUGGACUCACCUGAAAAAGCGGGCCCUGGAUGCAGUCAUCAUCCUGGGGGGUGGAGGACUUUUCUUCACCUCUUACCUGACAGCCAAGGGAGAUGAGCGUUUCUAUGCUGAAUACCUGAUGCCAGUCCUGCAGGGACUGCUGGACCCAGAGUCAGCCCACAGGUUGGCUGUUCGCCUCAGCUCCCUGGGACUCCUUCCUCGAGCUACAUUUCAAGACUCUGACAUGCUGGAAGUGAAAGUCCUGGGCCAUAAAUUCAGAAAUCCAGUAGGGCUUGCUGCAGGCUUUGACAAGCACGGGGAAGCAGUGGACGGACUUUACAAGCUGGGAUUUGGUUUUGUUGAGGUAGGAAGUGUGACCCCACAGCCUCAGGAAGGAAACCCUAGACCCAGAGUCUUCCGUCUCACUGAGGACCAAGCUGUCAUUAACAGGUACGGAUUUAACAGCCAUGGACUCUCAGCGGUUGAACGCAGAUUACGGGCCAGACAGCAGAAGCAGACCAAGCUCACUGCAGUGAUGUUUACAGACGGGCUGCCUCUGGGAAUAAACCUGGGAAAGAACAAAACAUCGAUGGAUGCUGCUGCUGACUACGCAGAGGGUGUCCGCAUCCUGGGCCCCUUGGCUGACUACCUGGUGGUGAAUGUGUCCAGUCCCAACACUGCUGGUCUGAGGAGCCUGCAGGGAAAGGCUGAGCUGCGCCGCCUGCUGACCAAGGUGCUGCAGGAGAGGGAUGCCUUGGAGGGACUGCAGAAGCCAGCAGUGCUAGUGAAGAUUGCCCCUGACCUCACAGCCCAGGACAAGCAAGACAUUGCCAGUGUGGCAAGAGAGUUGGGCAUCGAUGGAUUGAUUGUCACUAACACCACAGUGAGUCGCCCUGCUGGCCUCCAGGAUGCUCUGCGCUCUGAGACAGGAGGGCUGAGUGGGAAGCCGCUGCGAGAUCUGUCCACUCAAACCAUCCGGGAGAUGUACGCCCUCACCCAAGGCAGGAUUCCCAUCAUCGGGGUAGGCGGUGUGAGCAGUGGGCAGGACGCGCUGGAGAAGAUCCAGGCCGGGGCCUCGCUGGUGCAGCUGUACACGGCCCUCACCUUCCAGGGGCCGCCCGUCGUUGUCAGGGUCAAGCGUGAGCUGGAGGCACUCCUAAAAGCGCAGGGUUUUAAGACGGUCACAGAUGCCAUUGGAGCAGAUCAUCGGAGGUGAUGAUGCCUGUCAGAAGACCCAUCUGGAACCUUCUUAGCAACUCAGACGAACCUUGUGACUGGGUUGUGAGAAGAAGGAUCUCUCUUGAGCCAUGUCCCUUGAACUGUGGCUAUGUGGGAUUGUACAAACCAGUCAUGGGCAUCACCAGAGUCAGCAAAGACUUUGGUUAGACUGAGAACUAUACCAUAACUUUCUGGACCUAAAUUCUGGGAUCCUUCAAUAUCUUAAGGACAUUGACUAUUUGGGGGUAAAAAGUCAUAGAAAAAAUAAAACCAUUUAAAUCAUG